UGCCGAUAUCAUCCAUGCCAUGGAGGAAGCUCUUGUUUCCACAAUCUUGUUUUUCUUUUCUUAAGGUGGUAGAGGGAUUCAUGUACUACCAUGAUCCUGGGGAGCUCGGUUGUCUCCAUUUGAUGCUACAAGACAAAAUGAAAAAGGAUCCUUCACUCAGGACAACUGGGCUCAGAAACUGGUCCUAACAUUGUUCUGGAGCAAGCACUGGGCUGAAACUGGGUGACAAAUCUGAAGAAAAACUAAUGAAAAAACCUGGAGAACUAUAGAUCAGUAAGAAUAAAAGUAAAGCCGGCUGCUUUGAUGCAGAAUACUUAGCAUUUAUUACAUUUUACACCUCAUGUAAGUUUGUUUUAUAGUUAAAUCCAUCUUUAAUCCAUGCUACGUCGAUCUCCUGGUUCUGUCAUGAAUGAAUGAUGCACGGUGGUGUUGUGAAACUAGUUGACAGCCCGGUAAAUCGAGCGUUAAUUUGGACCAGCCUGAGCUCCAUCUGUGGAGAUAACGGAGCAGACCGUGGAGCUGGCGGCUGCAGAAACCGUCCCCCCCGCGCUCCUUCACGGUCAUCACGUCACCCUCUCUCUCGUGCUCCCCCGGAGACCACGGAGGCUCGAGGGGUAGAGUUACAAGAGAGGGAGGGGGUGGAGAGACCUAGAGGAGGAGAGAGAGGGAGGUGAAGCAGCUGAAGCUACAGCUAACUAGCCAUGUUGCUGUCCCCGCCGCUGCUGCUGCUGCUGCUGCUGGUGUGUGACUGCUAGCGGGCCGCCCUGGACUCCCUAACCGCCCUGAGGUGCAUCAUGCCCGGCUGGAAGAAGAAUAUUCCGGCCUGUCUCCAACCGGACCAGGAAGGAGAUGAUGGGCCGUACACGAAACAUUCGGCCGGGUCCCGACCUCCAGAUGGAGCGCUAGCCAUCAGGAGGCAGAGUAUACCAGACGAGUUUCGGGGCUGCACGGUGGUGGAGCUGAUGAAGAAGGAGGGAACGACGCUCGGACUCACCGUGUCAGGAGGAAUCGACAAAGACGGGAAGCCUCGGGUUUCAAACCUGCGACAGGGAGGGAUCGCUGCCAGGAGCGACCAGCUGAACGUAGGUGACUACAUCCGCUCGGUUAACGGCAUCAACCUGGCCAAGUUCAGACACGACGAGAUCAUCAGCUUGCUGAAGAACGUUGGGGAGCGAGUGGUGCUGGAGGUCGAGUACGAGUUGCCGCCUGUCUCCGUGCAGGGGUCAGGGGUCAUUUUUAAGAACGUGGAAGUGACGCUUCACAAAGAAGGAAACAGCUUCGGCUUUGUCAUCAGAGGUGGAACACAUGAGGACAGGAACAAGACACGCCCCAUCGUCAUAACAACCAUCAGACCGGGCGGACCAUCCGAAAGAGAAGGAACCAUCAAACCAGGUGAUCGGUUGCUAAGCAUCGAUGGGAUUCGUCUCCAUGGCAGCACGUUGUCGGAGGCCAUGAGCAUCCUGAAGCAGUGCGGCCAGGAGGCCACGUUGCUAAUUGAGUACGACGUAUCUGUGAUGGACUCCGUUGCCACGGCGUCUGGGCCACUGCUGGUUGAGGUUGCGAAGGCGGCAGGAUCCAGCCUGGGUGUGGCUCUGUCCACCGCCAUGUUCUGCAACAAGCAGGUCAUCGUCAUCGACAAGGUCAAACCAGCCAGUAUAGCAGACCGGUGUGGAGCUCUUCAUUCAGGGGAUCACAUCCUGUCUGUUGAUGGGAAGUCGAUGGAGUUUUGUUCUCUGGCUGAAGCCACUCAGCUGCUCUCUGCUUCCUGUCAAACCGUCCGAAUGGAGAUUCUGCCACAACACCAGGCUCGACCUGCCCUGAACGCACCGCAGCACGUCAAGGUGCAGCGUAGUCCCCGCCCCCUUCCCUGGGAAACUGGAGGCUCCGCCCCCAUCCUCCCUCCCUACCACUACAACACCUACCACCCCGACCAAUCAGGCGCCAGAUCCCACAACCGCCACGCAAACAACCCUCCUCUUAGCCACUCAUUCUCUCCCGGAUCCAUGUCGGCCUACAGUCUCUCUUCCCUCAACAUGAGCACACUGCCCAGGAACAUGUAUCCCACGAGUCCGCGCAGCACGAUGAUGAGGAGGAAGGCCAAAAAGAAGGACUUCAAAAGUUCCUUGUCCCUGGCAUCCAGCACAGUCGGCCUCGCUGGUCAGGUGGUCCACACAGAAACUACAGAGGUGACGUUGCUAGGUGACGGCAUCAUGGGGUUUGGCCUGCAGCUUCAAGGUGGAGUCUUCGCCACAGAAACUCUGUCAUCACCGCCGCUCAUCGCCUACAUCGACCCAGACAGCCCUGCUGAGAGGUGUGGCAUCCUGCAAAUCGGUGACAGGAUCCUGUUGAUUAACGGCGUCCCGACUGAAGACUCGACCUUGGAGGAAACCAACCAGCUGCUCAGAGACUCGUCCAUCACGGCACAGCUCACGCUGGAGAUCGAGUUCGAUGUGGCAGAGUCCGUCAUCCCCAGUUCAGGGACGUUCCACGUGAAGCUCCCAAAGAAACCAGGAGUGGAGCUGGGAAUCACCAUCAGCUCUCCAUCCAACAGGAAACCAGGCGACCCUCUGAUCAUCUCUGACAUCAAGAAAGGCAGCGUUGCUCACAGGACAGGAACGUUGGAGCUUGGAGACAAGCUGCUGGCCAUCGAUAAUAUCAGGGUGGAGAACUGCUCCAUGGAGGAGGCCGUUCAGAUCCUCCAGCAGUGCGAGGAACUCGUCAAACUGAAAAUCCGCAAAGACGAAGACAACUCGGAUGAGCAGGAAGUAUCUGGCAGCAUCAUCUACACGGUGGAGCUGCAGAGGUAUGGAGGCCCAUUAGGAAUUACCAUCUCAGGCACCGAGGAGCCCUUCGACCCCAUCAUCAUCUCCUCGCUCAGCAAAGGAGGCCUGGCUGAGAGGACGGGGGCGAUCCAUGUGGGCGACCGUAUCCUGGCGAUCAACAGCAGCAGCCUGAAGGGGAAACCUCUGAGUGAAGCCAUCAGUCUGCUGCAGCAGGCGGGAGAGACGGUCACUCUGAAGAUCAAGAAGCAGGGAGAGCUGUCAAGCCCAAAGUCUUGCGUGAUUGGACCAGGGCUGGGGGUGGGGAUUAGUCUGGAGAGCCAGGAUGGGGAGGAAGAGCCUAUCAUUACUGUGGUGCCUCCAUCCAAUCAGAGAGUGUUCAGCACGCUGCCGUCUGUGGACAGUGCCGUGGACUCCUGGGAUGGAUCCAACAUGGACAGCAGCUUCACCACCACUGCUCCACCUUUUCAGUCAUCCCCAUACAGCUUCCAUGAGUGGCGCGGUGUGAAGACGAACAGCCAAUCAUCCGCUCGGCAGAGAGCCAAUCCGCUAUCAGAUCUGGGCCUGAGUGACGAUGACUGGGACCGCCCGCCACUCGGAGGGUUCACUGUGGGUCACGAUGGGACUGAACCGGACCAGGAGGAGAACUUCUGGUCUCAGGCACUGGAGGAUUUAGAGACGUGUGGUCAAAGCGGCAUCCUCCGAGAGCUUGAGGCAACCAUCAUGUCAGGCUCCACUCUCAGUCUGAACCAUGACCCCACCCCUCUGCGCAGCACCCUCGGGCGUCAGUCAAGCUUCCAGGAGCGCAAUAGUUGCAAACCACAGGUAAACCCUCGCUCCAACACCUUGCCCUCUGACCCUCAGCGCAGAGCCUUUGCGAUGAAAAAGAUGAGGCAAGAAGUGAACGACAUCCUAAAUCAGAACCCUGUGGAACUCCACAAGCUCACUUUGGAGAAGGUCUCAGACCUGGAGGAUUUUGGAUUCAGUGUUUCUGACGGAUUGUUGGAUCGUGGAGUUUACGUAAAUAACAUUCGACCUGGUGGCCCAGCCGAACGGGGCGGCCUCUAUGCCUAUGACCGAAUACUACAGAUCAACCACGUCCGGACCAGGGACUUUGAUUGCUGCCUCGUCGUUCCUCUCAUCGCAGAGUCUCCAAACCGGUUGGAACUGGUCAUUAGCCGAAACCCCACCUCUUCCUCCACCUCCGCCCCACUGGCCAACCAUAAUGACGGCAUCACCAACAGCAGGCACUCCCCUCAGCCAAUCAGCGGUGAGAUUGGACCAUCAGAGAUUUCUGUCGAACAGGUAGAAGACUGUGGUCCGAUCAAGUGGAACCAACCAGGGGACGUGUUUGGGGUUGGGCAGGUCACUAAUAAUUCCUUAUAGCAGACAAGAACUGGAUCAAUCUGGAAUCAGCUGCUUAUGAGCAGAGUGGACCAGAGAGGUCAGUGGGGAAGCUGGUAAUAUAUUGAAAAAUCAAACUGUUGAAAUCAAACUGGUUUGUUAAAAUGGUUCAAAGUGGACCUCUCGUGGUGCUACACACACCUUCUGGAUGGACGUUGGCCUUUGACCACUUAAGUUUGACCUUUGGAACUGCUAAAGCAGCCUAAAAGCACACUACUGGACUGGAAAAACCUCCUCACACCUUCAUCUGAACCAGUUGUAGAUACUGGGUCAACUGGAGCUGAAUUUACAACAACUGAUCCCACUGGAAUCCCAGCUGGAGCUUCUGGAAUAAGUGGUUCCUUAAGCCCAUAGCCAGUGCUACUGGUUCUGCCUGCUGAAGCCACAAACACAGCCAACUGCAUUAUUAGGAUUCAGGCUUAGAACAAACUCUUAAGGUCCGAUUGAAGCCAGCACCACAUUUGAUGGUUUUAUUCUCCUGGGUUCUUGCUUCUAGAAGCUUAGCUUGGGACCUAUUGUCCUACUGGAACCAGAGCUGUUGCUUGUGGCCUGACUGUUGAAAAGUCUGUUGGUUCUGGUCUUGGUGGUAGAAAAAUCACAUUUCUUUUCCAUUAAAGUCAGAACCACAACCAGUGGUCUUACCUGGUCUAAGACAUGAUUCUGGUUCUUGGUAUCAGGGUUACAGAGCCACGGCAACUGGUUAUAUGUGGGCCAGAGCCACAGGUACUGGUCUUACUGGUCCAAGACACAUGAGUAAAAGUGGUAGAACCAUUGAUGCGGUCUCUACCGAAGCCUUAGCCCAAUUAAUGAUCUGGUUCUAGCUAUGGUCUUUUUGGAUACUAAAGCAGAGGUGGGCCCAGUGCUUCGUGGCUUCUAGGUCCAGUAUAACAGCUUCAGGGUGUACUGGUUAUCAUGCGGAGCAGCACAACUACUGACUGGGUUCAGGUCCUGAAUCCAGAACCGAACAAUAGAUGGAAAGGUUGCCAAGGGGACUAGGGAUGCUCCAAUCAGAGUGUCUAGAUCUGAUUUUUUUUUUUUUUUAAAUAAAUAAACACAAUCAGUAGGAAAAGGUGAGUUCUUAUUCUUCUUAAUAUCAAACACAGCACUCUGAUUAUUCCAGUCUUACCUUUAAAAUUCUGCACGUUGGAACCACUGGUCCAAAGUAGGACUAUAUCUCUGCUGCUAUUUGUUUCAGAAAAUCACAGCGAGCCUAGCCUGAGCUUUAGGUUUGAAAGGUUAUGAAUGCACCUGUUCAAAAUAACAUUUUAACCCUAAUUAACAUGACCUUAUAAACUCUGUUUAAUAUUCUGGUGAGUACCUGAGUGGCUGUAAGUCAAACCCAAACAUCUUUGAUGUGAAGUUAUAGGUUAAGGAAGUGCGGUGGAAAAUAAAUCUUUAAAUAAUCUCGUGAGACAACCAGUUGGUUACAGUAAGAUGAAAUAUUUAUUGACUGUUGCAGCAGGAGAGUGCCAGACCAAAACCAUCAGGCCUUACAUUGACACUCUGAAGGGCAGCUACCACUCAGUGUCUUUUAUACCCAUUACCAGAACCCCCUCCUGCAACCCCCCUGCAAUAUGGUGAAGUGCUUAGACCUACAUGAUGAACGAAUCACUGUAUAUAUAUAAUGUAAUGUACAUAACAUUGGUCACGAAAAGCUACUCAGUCAGCAUCAGCCAAACCUUAACAUUGUUUGUUUUCAUAUUGGCAAAAAAAACCUAAAAUAUAAAAGAUUUUCCAAGA